AUGAUGAGAGCACAAGCAGCGAGCUCUGGCGACGACGUCGGAGUAUUGUCAGGUCAGGCAUUGGUCAGCACAGUGACCAAUGAGAAAUUACAAUCAAGCACAUUCUAGGAGAUGACAAGGUUUGGCGCCAAAGAUACAAUGCAUUCAAAUACUCAAGGACUGGCUGCAACCUGUAGGCUACGUUUUGAAAUACUUUGAGCAACUCAGUGAGAUCAUGACAUAGGCUGGUGAGGUGUAUCCAGAGACAUGUUCUGUGCAAUUAUUAACAGAUUAAUAUAACAAAAAUGCUUUCAAAAUCAUUAAUUGGUCUCAUUUUAUUAUUUGUGUUCAUAUAAUGGACAUCAGUUCUUUCAAUAAGAACAGACUUAUUGAAUAUGAGGGUUAUUAGUGCAUUUGUUCAAACUGCUUGUUGUAGGUUGGUUUCAUAAAGAUUUUACCUACAAAGUUAACAAUAUUGCUCAAAAUUAAGCAACAUCAAUAACAGUGACGAAAAGGCACAGUAGGUUGGCAAACAGCAUAAUAAUUCAAAUAUUCUAUGUUCUCUUUCAAAACUAUAGGAUACCCAUCUAGAAACACAGACAGUAGGCCUGUAAACAAAUGCAUUGAAUUAACUUUUCUAAAUAGAGUUAUGAUGUGUAGGCUACUAUAGGUUCUGUAAGUUUGAACUCAAACAAUAUAUUAUUUUGUCUUGUUUAGUGUUGUAUUGUAUAGUAUUGGGUUAUAUCGUAUUAUGUAUUGUAUUGCAAUGUAUUGUAUGCUAUUAACUCUUUUAAAUGUAACUCUAGACACUCUUAGCAGGACGUGGCAUCACCAGUUUCAGCCCAAUAUCGAUGACACAGGAUGGCAUGUAAGAGAGGGGGAUCCAUCCGAAUUUAGCGUCCCAGCCAGCACUGUAGCGGGUUCGGGGAUAGGCAGACGCCAAGGCAUGCUCCAUGCAGUUAGUCACUUUACUCAGGUCCGAGUCACACGCUGCGUUCAUGAUCAACCGCUGGAUCUGGAUGUCUGGAUAGGUUGAGGAGAAACGUGAUAAUGUUAAAACUGUUAAGAUGUUGUAGAACCAAUGGUAUUGGACUGAAGGAGAGGAGAGGAGAGGAGAGGGGAGGGGUUGAACACAGGGUUCUGUCCCAGCACAUCCUUGUAUAUAGUCUCUUUAUUGUUAUUUUUAUCGUGUUACAAUUUAUUUUCUUUGGUGCAAAUUUUCUUACUUUUUAAAGGGCUUCGUAGGUAAGCAUUUCACGGUAAAUUCUACACCUGUAGUAUUCGGCGCAUGUGACAAAUAAAAUGUGAUUUGUACAUCAAGCUGCCUCAUGCUAUAGAAACAGCAGAUAGGCUCCUGCCCUUAUGGACUGUUCUGGGUCAGACAAGGCUACAGGACAGAAUAAAGACAAGGUUACAGGACAGAAUAAAGACAAGGCUACAGGACAGAAUAAAGACAAGGCUACAGGACAGAAUAAAGACAAGGCUACAGGACAGAAUAAAGACAAGGCUACAGGACAGAAUAAGACAAGGAAUAAAGACAAGGCUACAGGACAGAAUAAAGACAAGGCUACAGGACAGAAUAAAGACAAGGCUACAGGACAGAAUAAAGACAAGGCUACAGGACAGAAUAAAGACAAGGCUACAGGACAGAAUAAAGACAAGGCUACAGGACAGAAUAAAGACAAGGCUACAGGACAGAAUAAAGACAAGGAUACAGGACAGAAUAAAGACAAGGCUACAGGACAGAAUAAAGACAAGGUUACAGGACAGAAUAAAGACAAGGCUACAGGACAGAAUAAAGACAAGGUUACAGGACAGAAUAAAGACAAGGCUACAGGACAGAAUAAAGACAAGGCUACAGGACAGAAUAAAGACAAGGCUACAGGACAGAAUAAAGACAAGGCUACAGGACAGAAUAAAGACAAGGCUACAGGACAGAAUAAAGACAAGGCUACAGGACAGAAUAAAGACAAGGCUACAGGACAUAAUAAAGACAAGGCUACAGGACAGAAUAAAGACAAGGCUACAGGACAGAAUAAAGACAAGGCUACAGGACAGAAUAAAGACAAGGCUACAGGACAGAAUAAAGACAAGGCUACAGGACAGAAUAAAGACAAGGCUACAGGACAGAAUAAAGACAAGGCUACAGGACAGAAUAAAGACAAGGCUACAGGACAGAAUAAAGACAAGGUUACAGGACAGAAUAAAUAUAUUUUUUAACCAAAGGUCUAAUCCGAUGGAUAACUUGCUGCUGCUGCUACUACUACUACUACUACUACUACUACUACUACUACUACUACUACUACUACUACUACUACUACUACUACUACUACUACUACUACUACUACUACUACUACUGCUACUGCUACUGCUACUACUACUACUACUACUGCUACUACUACUACUACUACUGCUGCUGCUACUGCUACUACUACUACUGCUGCUACUGCUACUACUACUACUACUACUACUACUACUACUACUACUACUACUACUACCACAACUUACACUUAUCCAGGUAUUUGUCUCCGUAGCUGGCCUUCACUUCAGGUGUGAGCUGGUUCCACAGGCGAUGCAGCUCACUCUCGAUGGGAUCAAGACUGGUCACAGCUGUCUUAAAGAACCCUGGUUCAAUGAUGCACACCUUGAUCCCAAAGUAGUGGAUAUCCCUCCUGAACAAAAGGUACAUUGACAAAACGGGUAGGUUGAUGAACAGCAAGCCUUGACAUGCAUUCUCUAAAAAACACACUCAGUUCAUUUAUCUCCGUAGAAACGUUACCUAUAGUUUUAAAUAUAAGUAGUUGAUGACAAUAUAGUUAAAUGGAAGACACUAGAUGUAAGGGGAGUAACUAUAUUAGGGAGCUGUUCCAUGCAGUCAGAGGCAGGUCAAUACCACAAUGAGGGUUUUAUUGAAUUGAGCUUUGUGACUUGCCUACUGUAGAUGUGUUGUAUUCACAGUACCCGGUGUGUUUACACUAGGAACCAAACAGAAGCAAAUGGCCCGCAACGGGGAGGGACUACCUGAACUUGCUACGGUGUGCACUAAUGAACUCUAUUGCACUCUUGGAAGAUAAAGCCGCCGAUGUGGGCAAAAAGAGACAACAGACUAACAGCAGUAACCUACCUGAGGCAGUCUGAGAAAGACUCCACAGCAAACUUUGAGAUGCAGUAUCCACCACCGUUAGCUGCCACCCUGCCCAGUACCGAUGCUACAUUAACGAUCCUGCCCUGGGCCUGUUUGAUGAGGGGCAGGAAGGUUAGGGUUAUCUCUAUCACCCCCGUCAUGUUGACCUUCAGGGUACUGGUAUAGUCCUCCAGCCUCAUCCACUCUGAGGGACCCAUGGGCAGGGACCGCCCCGCGUUGUUCACGAUGCCCCACAGUCCUGGUGGGGGAGAGAGAGAGAGAGAGAGAGAGAGAGAGAGAGAGAGAGAGAGAGAGAGAGAGAGAGAGAGAGAGAGAGAGAGAGAGAGAGAGAGAGAGAGAGAGAGAUGUAGAGAGAGAGAUGUAGGGAGAGAGAGAGAGGACAAGCGAUUAAUUCAGACAUGUUCUGUACCUUUGAUUCCACUGUGUAUUUCAAGUAAAGCGCAUCUGUUUUGUUUGCCACAACUGCUGUUUGAGUGGUCUAAGGCACUGCAUCGCAGUGCUAGCUGUGCCACUAGAGAUCCUGGUUCGAAUCCAGGCUCUGUCGUAGCCGGCCGCGACCGGGAGACCCAUGGGGCGGCGCGCACAAUUGGCCCAGCGUCGUCCAGGGUAGGGGAGGGAAUGGCCGGCAGGGGAUGUAGCUCAGUUGGUAGAGCAUGGCGUUUGCAACGCCAGGGUUGUGGGUUCGAUAAAAAAAUAAUGUAUGCACUAACUGUAAGUCGCUCUGGAUAAGAGCGUCUGCUAAAUGACUAAAAUGUGAAAUGUAAUGAGUAGGCCCAUGUGCUUUUCUUGACUCUGACCAGGCCAGGAUAGGUUACAGCUAGGGCCCAGAGUUUUUACUAACCAGGAACAUAGUCAGGAAAAAACCACCCCAGUCCAAAUGGUCUCUCACCGUUAUCUCCAACUUCCUGCUUGGUGUACUCCAUGGCUUUCUGUAUACUGGCGGUGCUCGUCACAUCUAGGAGAACCGCCUUCAGGUACGGUCCAGUCGCCCUCUUCAGAUCAUCAGCCCCUUUCUCUGUCAGACACCCAGCUAUCACCCUGAACCCCCGCCGGUCCAGCCUCUUACAGAGCAAGUUCCCAAAGCCAGAGUCACACCCCGUCACAAACACAUACUUGUCCUUGAUAUCUUCUAUCUCCAGACUGUCUCUGUACAGCCAGCCCAGCGUCCACAGAACCACGAAGGUGCCCACGCCGUACAGCCAUAGGUUAUCCCAGCUGGGGGGGAGGGAGAGCACAGUGAGGGGUGGUAGGUAG